AUGCAUUCGCUAGCGCGUAGGUCGCUUCACGGUUUUGCAACUGCCCGCCCCAAGUCGAACACGCGGCGGUGCCAUUUCAGCAUCCUUGCCUCUGCACUCAAAGGCCAGGGAACAGACACCGCACUUGCGUGGGUUGAUCCAGCGAACCGGAGAGAUGUGGCGCGGGUGCUGGAGAUAGCCGAGCGUGCCGCACAGCGUUGGGACGUGGUGUGGACGGAUUUCCUGCCGCCCCCCAUCGUUGCGGAUUCAAUGGCAGCGCUGGCAAGCCGAACGGAUAUCGUCUGCUUGCCUUGGGGCGGCUAUGCUCAGGCAGAACGCUGCAGGAUAGCCCUGGGUCGGGAGGAGCUCAUGGAACCGCUCCAGAGCGAUCCGCAGCAGCUGGAUGGAGUGGCAGCGCUUCAAGUGAAGGGCAACUUCAUGUUCGACCCCGCCAAGCAUCCAGAUUUCCUAGGAGCCAUCCUUGGAACAGGCGUGGUUCGGGACAAGGUGGGCGACAUCCUCGUCCAGGGCGAGGCCGGGGCGCAGAUCUUGGUGGACCCCGAGCUGGUGGAGCACUUCGAGAUGAGCCUGGUGCAGGUCCGUACGGUGCCCGUUGAGGUGCGGCGGAUAGCGCUAUCGGAGCUGUCGGUUCGGCCACCCCGGCAGGAGGAGGUCAGCAGUGUGGAGGCCUCCCUGCGACUGGACGCAAUCGCCAGUGCGGGUUUUCGCAUGUCGCGCACCAAGAUGGGAGACCUGAUCAAGGCGGGCGAUGUACGAUUGAACUGGCGGCCUGUGACCAAGACAUCUGUGGAUGUGAAGGCAGGUGACGUCAUCAGCUGCGCGGGGAAGGGCCGGCUGGAGGUGCGGGCCGUGGAUGUGACUCGCAAGGAGAAGUACCUUGUGACGCUCUUGCGCUACGUUUGA